UCCUCCUCUUCUUCUUCUUCUCCCGCAGCCAUCGACGGAGGUUCAGACCCGACUCUUCGCUUCACGUCGGACGGAUUCACGGCCUCGCACCGGGCGAUGCUGUGAAGCGGGAGCCAGCGUCGGACUCUGCGGGGGAAACGCGACUCUUUCGGGGGAAGAUGAUCCGCAGCUCGUCGGUGAAGGUCCUUAACUAGAGCUCCUCAGUUCUCCUGCUUGUGAAGUGUGCCUGUCGAUUCAACCAUGGCUCGUGGCUGCAUCUGCUGCGUGAAAUACAUGCUCUUCCUUUUCAACCUGCUCUUCUGGCUGGGCGGGUGUGGUCUGCUGGGUGUGGGCGUGUGGCUGUCGGUGUCUCAGGGCAGCUUCGCCACCCUGUCGCCCUCCUUCCCGUCGCUCUCCGCCGCCAACCUCAUCAUCACCCUCGGCACCAUUGUCAUGGUAACGGGUUUCCUGGGUUGCCUGGGCGCCAUCAAGGAGAACAAGUGCCUGCUGCUGAGUUUCUUCAUCGUUCUGUUGAUCAUCCUCUUGGCCGAGCUCAUCCUCCUCACCCUGUUCUUUGUCUACACCGACAGGGUGAGCGAGAAUGCCAGACGGGACCUGAAGGAAGGUUUGGUGCUGUACAACACCGACAACAACGCCGGCCUGAGGGAUGCAUGGAACACCAUCCAGGGAGAGUGGAAGUGUUGUGGCGUGAUGAGCCACAAUGACUGGUACACGGCCCUGCAUGAGAACGUGGUUCCCGACCGCUGCUGCCAGCAGGUUUACGCAGGAUGUGGCCGCAACACCUCCACUCCCUUCUGGACACGGGGUUGCUAUGAGAAGGUGGAGGAGUGGCUGGAUGACAACAAACACCUUCUGGGAACCAUCGCUAUGUGUGUGUUGGUCAUACAGCUCCUCGGCAUGGCCUUCUCCAUGACGCUCUAUCAACAGAUCCACCGAUCGGGGAAGAAGUACGAAGCCUGACAGGAGUCACGCGGUUAAUUCAGUCAGUUUAAUACAUGAAAUAUAUCACAUCUCCUCCAUCAUACCUUUUGUUUAUAGUCCAAAUAAGCCAGAUAACGUGUGUGUGUGUGUGUGUGUGUGUGUGUGCCACUGCGAACAUUUAUCACCUUUUUUCAUCAGUUAUUGUUGUGAAUAGAAGUUUUUUUUUUAAAUCACGUUAUGAGUUGUUCUGUGUAAAAGUAUCUGAGUGGAAAUCAGAACUCGACUGAAGAAGCAUGAAGAGAAUAAUGUUGUUUUUUUUAAGUGAUGCCUGUGGAAUAAUAUAAAGUAAUUGUGUACUAACAUGAUCAAUAAAAGCAGAGAGCGCUCGUCA